UGCAAGCUUGAAAAUUGAGUUGUGAGUGCGACUAAAAUGGCGGUGGAUGACUCGAGCGGAGUAUCAAAGGUCAUUAGUUCAGUGUAGACAAGUAACUUUUUGCAUUCGAGCAAGUACAUCUUUUCAAUUCGUUUACAUCGUGUUUCCAGCAUCCAUUGCUCGUGAGCUUUUGAUGUGAAUCUUCGUUAAGCAAAUUUAUUACACGCUAAUGGAAGGAACGAAUACUCGCUAUGGAGGUAGUGGAGUUGUUUAAUAAAUGUAAUGAAAAAUUGGGCUCUUACAUUUUCUCAAGAUUCAUUGGCAGAUUAAUUGAACAAUACCAAAUAUCCAAGAUCGUAUUUACGAUCAUAAUAUCGAGUCUCGUCGUUUUAUUAAUUGUAUCUAUUGCUAUAUUAAGAAAAUGGAAGAACAAAGAAUUUUUACCAGAGGUGAAAGAGUUCGUCGGAGUAGGCACGGGCAAGCCCAGAUUCAGGAAAAGAGACAAGGUGCUCUUCUACGGGAGAAAGAUGUUGCGCAAGGUAAAGUCGAUCAGUGGCCAAGUACACGCAACUGGGCAAGGAAAAAAAAGAAAGGCUGUUAUGAGAUUUGCACGAAGACUCUUACAACUUAAGAAAGAGACUCAGCCGCAGCAAUUAAAAGUUCUAGAACCACCUGCUGAAUACUUAGAAGAAGACCUACGCCCCGGAGACAAAGUACCGCCCGAUGCUCUGUACAUGUUACAAAGCAUCAGGGUGUUCGGCCACUUUGAGAAACCUGUAUUUCUAAAAUUGUGCAAGCACACCGAAAUUGUGAACCUCCCAGCUGGGAGCACUCUGUUCAAGAUCGGAGACCCGGACGAGAAUUUGUUCAUUGUGCAACAAGGCUUGGUCAACGUUUACAUCACGGGACCCGAUGGCUCUCAGAUAUCCUUGAAAUUAGUGAAAACCGGCGAAUCGGUAACUAGUCUUCUAAGCUUCACGGAUGUACUUACUGGGCAUACAAGUACCUACAAAACAGUGUCUGCCAGAACUGUCGAAGAUUCCAUCGUGGUCAAAUUACCGAUGAAGGCCUUUCAAGAGGUUUUCCAAGAUCAUCCCGAUGCGUUCGUUCGAGUUAUCCAGGUCAUUAUGGUCCGUCUUCAAAGAGUCACUUUCACUGCUCUGCAUCAGUAUCUCGGACUGUCCGCCGAAUUAGUCAAUCAAGGGUCGCACAAAAAGAAGCAGAGUCCAUUCUCUGGAUCGCCAGUCAGGUCGAGAACCAAAGAAAAUUUUUCUACGCAGAACACGGAGAACCAGUUCAAUGCGUCUGCAGCCGGUUUAUCGGAUCACGACGCAGGUGAAGCGUCCUACCGUGAUAAUUCUUCGGUUUCUAGUCAUCAGAGCGUACCGAUCGUCAUAAGUCGACGGCCGAGAACUAAUCUUGAUUGGAAAAAUCAAAACUUAAGUCCGCAAUCAGGUCAAAACGCAGCUGACAUGGUACCGGAAUGUGAUUCUCAUUGGACAAAUUCUUCGCCUUUGACGCCGCAGCAAGGGUCGCAGCAAGGAUCGCAACCGGACGUGGUGCACACGGGAAAUUCGCAACCAGCUAAGAAACGAUCUAUCACCACCGUUGAACCAGUGCAGCAACCGCUGGACGAAGUACAGCUCGUGCAGAUCGCUACGGAAGCAUUCGUCCGAGAGCUCGGCUUAGAAGACGAUUCGAUACUCAAGGAUGGGAAAGUUCAGAUCAGAGAAGCACCAGCCGGAACUUAUUUAAUGAAAGAGGAGUCCCACAAGGAUGUCGCACUCGUCUACGUCGUGUCUGGUUCGUUGUCAGUCAGUCAACGCGUUUCCGAAGGUAGAGACGCGGGGCAAGAAGUUCACAUGUUUACCGCUCAUCAAGGUGAAAUCGUCGGUGGUCUAGCUGUGUUAACCGGCGAACCUUCUUUCUAUACCAUUCGGGCGAAACAUUCUAGUCGUAUAGCGCUUCUCAGUAAGCCAACAUUUUUCGCUGUCAUGUGCGAACAGCCUACCGUCGUGUUGCACGUCGCGCAUUCGGUCGUUCGAAGACUGAGUCCUUUCGUGAGACAGGUCGAUUUUGCUCUCGACUGGCUGUUCCUCGAAAGUGGAAGAGCAGUGUAUCGACAAGGGGACGAGUCAGACUCGACGUUCAUCGUAUUAAGCGGCCGACUUCGGUCCGUGAUCACGUAUGAAAACGGGAAGAAGGAACUCGUGGCGGAGUACGGGAAGGGCGAUCUGGUGGGAAUCGUGGAAAUGGUCACGCAGACACCACGGUCGACAACGGUCAUGGCAGUACGCGACUCCGAACUAGCAAAGCUUCCCGAGGGUCUGUUUAACGUUAUAAAACUUCGGUACCCGAUAGUGGUUACGAGGCUUAUUAAUUUAUUGGGACACCGUAUACUCGGCACCUGGCAGCAAGCGCACACGAAGAAUAGCAGUAACGAUAAACAACGAGCUGCCGCGACGGUUGACGCACGACCGGCUCAAGUGAACUUCUCGACCGUUGCGAUAGUCCCGGUAUCGGACGAUGUCCCACUGACAGCAUUCACGUAUGAGCUUUAUCAUUCGUUGUGUGCAAUCGGGCCAUGCUUACGGCUUACAUCCGACGUCGUGCGAAAGACAUUAGGUAGCACUACGAUGGAACCCGCGAACGAAUACCGCUUGACGUCGUGGCUCGCGCAGCAAGAGGACCAACACCGUAUCUCGUUGUAUCAAUGCGAUCCAACGUACACGUUGUGGACUCAACGCUGCGUUCGGCAAGCCGACUGCAUUCUUAUCGUGGGUUUAGGAGACAAACCUCCUUCGAUAGGCAGGACGGAACGCGAGGUCGAACGGUUAGUAAUGAGGACGCAAAAGGAGUUAGUGCUUCUGCACAGGGAACAAGGCGGACAACGGCCUACGAACACUGUACAGUGGCUGAACAUGAGAUCUUGGGUUUCUAGUCAUCAUCAUAUUCAAUGCCCGAAACGGAUGUUUACGAGGAGAUCUCAGUAUAGAAUUAACGAGUUGUAUUCCAAAGUCUUGAUGUCCGAGCCAAACGUGCACAGCGACUUCAGCAGGCUUGCUCGUUGGUUGACCGGCACCUCGGUCGGACUUGUACUUGGAGGUGGAGGAGCUAGGGGAGCAGCCCACGUGGGUAUGCUCAAGGCGAUUAUGGAGGCUGGUAUUCCUAUAGACAUGGUCGGUGGAGUUAGCAUCGGAGCAUUUAUGGGCGCUUUGUGGUGUAUGGAGAAAAAUAUAACGACUACGACGCAGAAAGCUCGCGAAUGGUCCAAAAAAAUGACCCAAUGGUGGAGGCAAAUAAUGGACUUAACGUAUCCAGUGACUUCGAUGUUCUCGGGAAAAGAUUUCAAUAACACGAUUCUCGCAACGUUUGGAGAGACGUACAUAGAAGACUUGUGGUUACCGUACUUCACGAUAACUACAGACAUCACCGAUUCUUGUAUGCGUACGCAUACACACGGAUCGCUGUGGCGGUACAUUCGAGCUUCGAUGUCUUUGUCUGGUUAUAUGCCACCCAUGUGUGACCCGGUCGAUGGCCAUCUCCUGCUCGACGGCGGGUACGUCAAUAACCUUCCAGGUUUGCUAUGGAGAUACAUUCGAGCCAGUAUGACCAUUGCGGGGGUCUUUCCUCCUAUUUGCGACCCUCUUGACGGGCAUCUUUUGGUCGAUGGGUGUUAUGUUAAUAACGUUCCAGCUGACGAAAUGUUGAGGCAAGGAGCGCAUCACAUCUUGGCCAUCGACGUCGGGUCGCAAGACGACACGGAUUUAACGAAUUAUGGAGAUUCAUUGUCCGGCUGGUGGUUACUGUGGAAACGAUGGAAUCCGUUCGCGACUCCCGUCAAAGUUCCAAAUUUACCGGACAUACAAUCCAGGCUGGCGUACGUAAGUUGCGUACGACAGUUGGAGGAAGUGAAGAAUUCAGAUUACUGCGAGUACAUCAGGCCACCGAUCGAUAAAUAUAAAACUCUUCAAUUCACUAAUUUCGAUGAGAUCAAGGACGUCGGAUAUCAGCAUGGGAAGACUUAUUUCGAGGGGCAAUUGAAAGCCGGAGUGUUGCCGCGUUUCAAUGCUGACAGAGAGAAUGCUCGCGCGUUGCGGGCCAAGCACCAGGCUGCGAAUCAACAGACCGUGCCCUCGUACACGUUCACGGAUUUGGCGCAGAUGGUGUGCAAAGUCUCUAGCGGGAACAGAUACGUUGACCUGGAGAUCGAUUCCGACACGGAUGAGAUGGAGGAGUACGAAGCAGACUUGGAAGAAGACGCACAAGAAGUAGGUUAUGCCUCUGAACCCACUGCCGGUAUUCUUGAUCAGAGUCCCGAUGAAAGUCGUCUACGACGGAGAACUGGCGUUUCUUUGAGUUUAUCUGACACGGAAGCAGAAUCAGAGCUAGAUUAUCAUAGCAAAAUGUUUUAAACGUUUCGUUUCAUUCUUAUUUUAACAUCACAUGUUUCCGGUGCUCGCACGGAUACGUGACAACAGUCGUGUAACUCACUUGUCAUGUACAAAUUAUUAUAACAACUAGUUUUAUGGAAAAAUAUAUUUAUACUGAAGUA